AUGCAUCGGUCUUCAGCUGAAUCUACACAAGACGAUGUUCAUGCGGAACGGAUGGGUCUCGGAUGCCCCAUUCACGCUCAACGGAACGAACAUAUCCGAAUGCACCAGCCACGUUUAUCUGGGUCGGGAACUAAACAUCAUGAACGAUCUGACCCCCGAGCUGGGCAGGAGGAGAUGAGCGGCUUGGGGAGCGUACAAGAGCAUCGAGGAUGUAGUGAAGAAGACCAGGAACACCCGGCUCCGUGCUCACCUCUUCAACACCACCGUACUUCCUGCUUUGACCUAUGCUUCGGAAACCUGGGCAUUUCGCAAGCAGGAAGAAAACGCGAUGCCGACACCGUACUUCUGGAUCUCUUGGGCACCUAUGUAUUAUUGGAUGGAGGUUCUGAAAAAGUCGUCUUCACCAAACACGUACGACAGAUUGAUGCUAACAUCAUCAGCGCUCCAACGAGAGCUGCGCUCACCAAUGCUGUAGAGCUCAACAAGGGUGCGGUUGUACCUCUUGUGGGCAACAUCCCAAAUGUCAAGUCAACUGGAUCGAAUGGUUCGGUUGCUAGUCUUCUCAAGUGUAUAGAGAAAGCUUCUGAAGACCGUCCAGCGAUAACACCUACUCGUUUCAAUCCAAAAUACGACCCUAUUGUCAUCAGCAAGUCGCUACGUACCGGUUGCCUCCAACUUAUUGUUCUCGCAGGAGAAGCGAAAGAAAUCGAAGCUCUCCAAAAGGCUGUCGAAAGUGGUGACGAGCAGAUGAUAGAAAAGGUCGCUUCUAACAAUGGUACCAUCUCAGUGUUGGUGUGGUUCCCUGCAAAAGCAACAGAUCCUAUCAAGAGAGUGUUACAUACUGGGACUGCACCGUUGAGUCGCAUCGUUGCCGCUCUCGAAAAAGCCAAGGCCCUUCCAUACCUUCAUAGUCCCGUAGUGUCAGCGGCGAAUGCAUACAAAGAAGUACCUGCACCGAAAACCACAAAUGCUAGAACAACAAUUCCUCCACGAGGUGUUCCCGUGAAACCUGCUAAUAACACUGCUGCACCGAAGCUGCCAGCAGCUAGACGUCCUGUACCCGCUGCUUCAUCUCAUGUUCCGCCAUCGCGGCCUACCACUACAACUUCAAAUAAGUCGGCACCGACAAGCGGAAAACCUUCGCCAGCUCGUCCAGCAGCUGCUGCACCAACUCGUACUCGACCUGCUAGCACUGUAACCACUAAACCCGCUCCACUUGCAAAUAAGAACUCCACGUUGUCGACAGCAAAAAGAACGAACAACCAUGAACCAGCUAUUCAGAAGACCACCGUAGGUCCAUUGAAAGGGGCAGCGAUGUCGCGCGCAUCUGCUGCUGCCGGUAAAGUUAUAGGAGCGGUUACGGGCAAGAUUACACCUAACAAUAAGGCUUCCGGGAAUGUCUCUCCUCAAAAGAAUGAGCCUUCUGCACCUGAUGCAACUUCUGCAACUUCAAAUAUUGUCCACUCUCCUCCUGCUCCGGAUGCAGGCUCUGUUGCUGCCGACGCACCUCCUCCCGCACCGAAUUCAGCAACCACUCCAGAGGAGGUGAAGGAACCAGCUCCUACUCCUGCUGAGCCUAUGCCUUCCUUGGACGAUUCCGUGAUAUGUCUUGACGACGUAGUGCCUGAUAUAUCCAUCGAUGCCCCACAAGAUCCAGCAUCGUCAGAUCUUCGACCACCCGUGGAACUCGUUGUUAUUCCACCGACCCCGGAGCCGAGAUCGCCCUCGGCGCGCUCUUCUAUUGAUGGAACACUAUCGUCCCCAAUAGGAUCACAGAAAUGUGACGGCGAGAAGGAUCAGCCCGUGUUGGUAUCGGAAGGCGAUGAUCAAAGGACGAAAGCUGAUGUACCCUCACCUACCGCUACAACAACUCCAACACUACCACAUGAUCAGAACCUAGCUUCUGAGCAUGAUCACAUUAUACAUCCUGUUCCGGACCAACCCGAGCACGAUAGCGACUUAGAUCGCAACGAUGCUUCUUCCGAGCACCCAGUGCCCACUGCACCAGAACGUUCCCCUUCUCCGGAACUUGAUAUUAAUCACGAACCUCUACCAGGAGACACUAAGCCCACGCCACAUAAUGAAGAAGUUCCUAAAAUUGCGGAACCUCUCCCGGACAAACCAGUAGAACCCUUCAUUCCACCAAUAAUAAGACGUCCAAGUCCAACGUCAUCUGAAGUCUUACUCGAAGGCGAACUCCCCGAAGAGUUCAAGGGUCCUCAUGUACCACAAGAGGUUGGAGAGAAUGGCCUCCUUGACGACUUAGAAGAACCUCCUAAACUAAUGAAGAUCAGUAUGGAUACAGAUGACUUGAAAAAUGCUUUGGAGAAGGGAGCUGCAGCUGUUGCUGACCAACUUGCACAGUGCUUUGAUAGCCUUUCUUUGAACACGAGCCAUUCUGAGAAGGAAGAUGCCAGUGACAAGACUAGUGAGAAGGCUUCUCCUGAAGGACAGGCAGAAAUCGCUCGCAAGAUAAGUGCACAAAUGAUCCAGGAUGCUUCGACCCCAUUUACGUCUGCUCUUGCUUCCACCCUUUUCGAAGGAGCAGAGGCUGCAAAAAAGGCAGCAAAUGCUGCACUGGAAGAUCUUGCUGACCUUGCAAAUGCAGUGUCCGAAACCGUAACUGAUGGUAUGAAAGAAGCAGCUGAACAAGUUAAUGAUAAGAUGAAGGCCAUGCAGAAUCGUUCUAGUCUUGUAGAAGUUGAUGGUGAAGAACACCGUCAGGUCAAAUACGAGGAGACUGAUCCUAUCAUUGAUACUGUGCUGGAAAGUGUUGCUAAUGACUCAGAUCGCGUUGAUCAUGCUAUGAGUAAUGGUGGUUCAGGAAUACAGGCCAAAGAGAAUGGAAAGAAGGAAAACGAGGUUGACGAGGAAGGCUUCCGUGUUGCGUCAGAUUCUCAUGACAUGAGGCUUUACCUCCCACCACCAUCAGCAUUGCGUGGCAGAGCCCCAGCCGUACCGCACUUGUCUCGGCCUCUUUUCUUCGAGCUUGCUACUGUUCCACAUUUCAAUGGUAAAUGUAGCCUCCCUGAUGAGCAAAGUGCCAUUGAAUACUUCACGCAAAUUAGGUCGGCUAACUACAUCCUGCACAGUUCUGAUAUUUCUCGAGCUGUACUCGACGGAUGUAUUACUGCCAAGAAACAUUGGCUUAAUAACUCUCACAAGACUCGUCUCAUACCUACACGGCAUCACAGCGCUCUGCAAUCAUUUGUCACUGAAAAUGCAGCACAGUUGGAGGAAUGUGGACUAGUUCUGAACUCAGCUCUAGAACACAAUACAAUUUCCAUUAACACAGAGGAAGGACGGGAAGACUACCAUAUGAUCAAGAUCGAACUCUAG